CUCCGUUCUCUCGCGGGCUUUGUUUUGCUAUGGCGGCAGGCUUCGAAACUUCUGCUUGUUAUGUGUUUGUAACUCAGGUUUUCGUCACCUUAAGACUCUAUUCCUCAUCUGUUACAGCGAACUCAACCUGAAUGAGUGAGACACCUCGGUCAGCAUGUCAUCUCCAGCCGAGCUCCACCACCUUCCAGCAGACUUCUUGGCUCGCUGGAUGCCCAGCAGCACCAGGGCAGGGGUGAUCCUCGACCCGUCCUCGGAUCUGGCCGGUACCUUGCGGCAUGUUCCAGCUGUCGGAUCUCCUAAUCUGCAGCCAGACGACUCCUUCACGUCCGACUUCGCCCCAUUGCCCCCGUCUGUGGACAGCAGCUGCCUUGGUGGGGUGCAGACUGGAACUGACAGGUCGGUGAACGGCCUGUUCGCUACCCCAACGGGAUCAAAUGGAGAAUAUGACUCGCUGGGUGUUAUGGAAGAUGAACAGGAUCUACCUCUCAUGAUGAAGCUCGAACAGUUGAGGAAAUGGCAGCAGCACAUGCAAGAGCAGCUGAAAGCCCAUCAACUGGAGGAGCUGCUCCGCCUGCAGGAAGAGCAACAGCGACUGCUUAUAAAUGGAAAUGGGUCCCAGCAUCGCAAAGAAGACGCAGCAGAGAGUUCAGAGACGUCAGAACCAGAGUGGGUCGAGGACACACUCCAUGGGACCCAGCAGGCAGAGGAGCUGUCAUCAGCAGAGAGACAAAGGCAGCUUUCAACUGUUCAAGGUGCAGCUGAGGAAGAGGACCUGUGGAACUCCGGAGAUGAUCCAGAGACUGUUAAAGCCGUCUUCCAUCCACUAACACAACAUGACAAGAGUGUUGAAACACUGAAUGAGGUCCUCCAUGACAGGCCUAUAAAGCCAGGUAUUGGGGUACAGAAGCGGACAUUUGAGGAACUGUUAGAGGAGCAGCUGAGACUGGAGGAGCAGAGGCUGCAGGUUUCCAAACAGCAGACCCGAGAAGGUGCCGAGGCCGUUCAAGCUGCUCCCAAGAGGACUUUCCUGAAACGAGGCGAAGGGCUGGCUCGAUUCACUAAAAAUACCAAGGGUUCAUCACAAACAACUGAGAAAGGCCCAAAACCCCAACCUCAAGCCCGAGUGAUUUCUCGCAGUAACUCUGAGCCGACAUCCAUCCUCACAGUUAAUGCACAGAAUGUCCCACGGCUUCCUGUCCAACGUAAAACUGCCAUCCUGAACAAGGAGAACCGACCGAGGGGACUCAGUGUUCCACCUGCGGACAGCAGGACGGCACGGACAAAGGUCCUGGGAGGCCGUCAGCAACAGAACACAUGUGGACCAGAAAGCAGCCGCACUGACUCAGAGGGGAAAACCAGAAAACCUCUUCCUGGACAGAACAGGAAGACGGUGGGUCCGGUGAGGAGCCUCGCUCAGAUCACACAGCCGAACCCUGUAACCAAACAGGUGGGCGUGUUGGAGUCCCAAGGAAAGGCUGCUGGGAGCGAUGCAGCCAGAAACAGAAGUUUGGGCUCGAAAGUGACAAAGAACAGAGAAAACCCAGUGGAAGAAGAGAACAUGCCGUCGGAUUGCUUUGAGCUUUCAUUCCAGGAGCGAAUCCAGCGGUGGGAGUGCGACCGGCAGCAGGAAAGCAUGGACCUGGGAGAGUUUGAGCUUCUGGAGCAAGCGGCUGAGGAGCUGUCCUUCUCAUCAAACUCCUCUUUUGUCGUGAAGGUCCUUCAGAUGGACCAGCAGCGCUGGCUUGCUGCCAAGGGCCUCCAUCAGCGCCGCCUCUCCUCCACACCUGUGAAGUUCCCCCCCAGAGCUGCACUGGAGAGGUGCAGCAGUGCAGGAGACAGUGGUGCGUCGGCAUGUCUGAGCAGUUCUGCGACCCCAGAAGCCUCAGCCGAGCAGACGAGACCCGAUGAACUGAAGAGGGGAAUCAGCUGUGACGAUAAGGACGAGCAGAACCGCGAGAAAGACGACCGACAGCAACUCUCUGACAUAUCGUCCUGCUGUGGCUCCGAAUCCGGAGAUGAGGAGGCUGCAGUCGGCUUCCCCGCUCAGGCUAAUCCCCCGUAUGACAAGCGGUCGUAUCAAGACGAGGACGUUUUCAGGGAUCCGGCACCAGACGAGGAAGAGGAGGAGAGUAACGACUCCACUCUGAUGGAGGAUGAAGACGGCGGGUCGGGCAGAGUCGUGUUCGACGACGACGACACUUGGAACGACCUGGAGGACACGGCCAUCGGUCCAGACCAAGACGUCAGGGAAGAUCCUCCGGUUUCGCCUCCAGAGAAGCUUCUGGUGAGGAAGGUGGCAGCGAGCAGGGGAGCGGAGCUCCACCAGGAGGCAGGCGGUCUGGAGCCCGAUCUUCCUCCUGCCUCACAGCUCAUGAGCAGGUUGUUCCCCGCGCUGAAGCCCAAACCACAGAAAGCUCCUCCUCCUCCUCCGCCUGCUGUCACUUCUGCGGACAAAACUCGAGCAGAGGACCCAGGCCAGCAAGCCCAGUCUCUGCAGCUCCGGGAGAGACUGGCUGAGCUGGAAAUAGAGAUUGAGAGAUUUAAAAAGGAAAAUUCAGCCCUCACCAAACUCCGGCAGGAGAACGAGAAAAUCCAAGAAAACCUCAGGAGAGAGCGUGCAGAGUUUGAGCAGACAAAAGCAGAGGAGGCGGCAAAGUUUGAAGAGUACAAAAAAGAGGAGAACAAGAAGUUGCAGAAGGAGCGUAAACUCUUUGAGACGCACGUGUUGGCCACCAGAGCUCUGCCAGACAGGAAGGAGCGAGAGGAGAUGCAGGCGUUGAAGCAGCAGCUGAACUCGGCGCAGGAGGAGCUGAAGAGACGGGAGGCUCGCUGGACGUCCACACACAGCCGCCUGCGGCAGCAGAUCGACUCCCUGAGCCAGGAGAACAGCGCUCUCCGGGACGAGGUUCGCAUGUUGGAAAAGCUCCGCCUCAGCGCUUGGAAGAAAACUCCUGCGGCCACAGAGAGAGAGAGUCCCAGAGUCUUUGAGAAUACUGUGUCAGCUGUGACCAAAGGAGUUACCUUUGCUAGUCCUCUCGACUCCAGAGGAAGCAGCAGCAGCAGCCCUCCUCAGCCCGGCGGGGCUGCAGGGACGAGGAGACCCUCCAGGGAGACCAGUCAGGCUACUGCAGGCAGGAAGAGCAGCCUGAGGAAGCCAGCAGGGCCAGGCUCCUCUUCCUCGUCUCUACCCAGCAGGAGGACAGAGGAGAAGUCAGCACAGCCCAACAAGAGCCUGGAGAAACAACCGGAGCAAGAACAGCCGCUCCAGGCUACAAACAGAGACCCUCCCCCAAAUGAACCAGGAUGUAGAGACGUCAAAGAGCUGGAAGCAGCCAAGGAGGUGAUCACACAUCCCGAUGGCAAGGUGGAGAAGGUUCUGGCCAGCGGCGAUCGCGUCAUCGUCUUUCCAAACGGAACCCGGAAGGAGGUGUCGGCAGACGGAGAGUCGGUGAAGGUCACCUUCUUCAACGGAGACACCAAACAGAUCACGGCUGAUCAGAGAGUGACCUACUACUACGCUGAGGCUCAGACCACACACAUCACCUACCCUGACGGCCUGGAGGUUCUUCACUUCCCCAACAACCAGACAGAGAAGCAUUUUCCCGACGGCCGGAAAGAAAUCACCUUCCCAGACCAGACGGUGAAGAACCUGUUUCCAGACGGCAGAGAGGAGAGCGUUCUGACGGACGGCACCAUCAUACAGGUCAACCCCGACGGCACCAAAGAAAUCCACUUCAACACGGGCCAGAAGGAGAUCCACACAGCCGACUACAAGCGGCGCCAAUACCCCGACGGCACGGUGAAGACGGUCUACACCGACGGCCGGCAGGAGACCCGCUACCCGACCGGACGGGUCCGGAUCAAGGACCAGGACGGGAACGUGGUGCUGGACCAGAUGGCGUAGAAACACGGCGAACGCACCGCUGGAGAGUUUUUAAACUGUGAAACAUUAGCAGGAAAAAAGGACUGAAGUGUGUUUGUGUGUUUUAAGGAGGGAACGUUAAAAACAUCUGAUUACUGCAGUUUAACAUGAACUCAGAUGUGAAAAGACUCAUUUUCAGCUCCUGUGUUUUUUGCAACAAUUUUAAUUGUGAAAAUGUUUAAUACGUAUUUAUUUUCUUGAUUGGUUGUACAUAUUUUGUAAAAUAAAUGUUUUUUUA